UUAUUGGCGCAUCUAUCUAUCGCGGGCCGGCUCUUCGAAGAAAAAAACAUUCAUCGCCCCGAUCUUAUUGUGUUCGUCAGUUUAAUGAUUAAAUGCCAAUAUGGAACAAUUGUGGCUAUCAGCAACCCAGCCAGCAGUACAUAAUAAUUUUCGAUGGAAUAAGAAGUUCUUGCUACGCCAACCAGAGCUUUACCCGGAUGAAGACCAGCGGCUACGAAUUGCACCCAAUAAAUCGGAAAUCGAUGCCUUCCUGGAAUAUGGAAAGUUGGACUUGGAACCUCCGGGGCGUUAUCGUGUCCUCCGGGCAUUUCUAGAAAAUGCAAAAAAGUUGUUUCCAGUCUCGUCAGCUGUUGAAGACGUCGCGAUUGUUGACGAUCGUUGUGACCCACGCCUAUUGUCGCAAUGUCAGGGCAUAGAAAGAUUCACUACGGACGAGCAUGGGAAUCUGCUCAAUAUUUGAACAACCCCCCCCCCCCCCAGGGCUUCAUGUCAAUGUUCAAGCGCUCAAAGUUGGCGAUCUCUAUAACCAUCUAAAGCAGGAUGUGAGGCCCUGAUCCACUUUUUGUCAUUUGAAUUGACCUUAUCCCUCCUUUUAACCUUCCUUUAUUCUCUCUUCAUUCCCUCUACUGACAAUCGGGGUUUGUAGAGAGUAGGGAAAGCAGAGAGAAGAAUACUAUUUGCUAUCAAUAUAACUUCAUCAACAGCCUUGUCCGUGAUCAAAAAUGCCACAUACACGCACCUACCCGAAGUCCGGUCUUUUUUUGCUAGGUACAUUGAUUUUAAUCCAUAUAUCAACGUUCUACAGUCCCGUGGU